AUGUGGAAUCAUUCCUUCCCCACUGCUUACAUCCAAACCUAACAGCCAAUAAUUUAUCCAAUUUAUUAUGUGCCUGUUGUUUAAGGAUACUUCGGAUAAUAAAACUCUUGCUUCAAUAACUUGUAUUAUCCUCUAGGAUAAUGCUAAUAAGAGAAGAGUAUUGUUGCCGAUGUGACUAUAUAACCUACUGAGCACUCCUAAGUUGAACAAAAAGAGAAAUAACAAGAAGAAAGUGUUGAUUCAAUAAAAAUGUCAAAUAAACUGAAAUCAAAAAAAUAUGUAUCAGCUUUAAAUUUGUCGCUAAAAUCAACUAACAUAUCGAAAAAUUAUGCAAAAGCUAUAAUCUUAUUUAUGAUAAGAUAGAGAAUUGAAAUAUUAUAAUACCUAGGCGAAAAAUAAGGAAUAGAAUUUUUGAAAAUCUUAACAUCUUUGAAAAAUAAUAUAAAAAAUAUUAAGCAUAUCAAGAAAUAUUUAAAAGAUGAUACUCAAUUGCGUUUAUUUAGAAUUAUAGCAAAUAGAUUUUUAAGAAAAGAAGCUAUUGGAUAUGUAUAUAAUUCAAAUAUAAAAUCAACAAGUCAUCACCUUAAGUAAAGAAACGAAAUAAGACUUAAUUUAUAUUAAUGCUGA